AUGAACACGUUUCAGGUUAUUUUGAAAGCCGAAGAUAUUGCUCAUGUUCUUCGUGAUGGCAUUGCACUUUUACCUGGAUCUCGUGAUCGUACGGGUCGUGCAAUCAUCAUAUUUCCUCCGAAGGAACAUCAACUAAAUCCGGAUAAUAUUAGGAAUAUUCUUCGUUACUUGCACACUGUCACAGCUGACGACACUAGGGAGCUUGGUUUCACUGUGAUCAUAGAUAUGCGUGGGAAACACGCGUCAAAUAAUGUGCGACCUAUUCUGAAAUCCAUUAAUCAUCUCUGUGAGACGACUAAUGGGCUAAUUAUUAUGGUUUUGAUUAUCAAACCGGACACAUUUUGGGAGAAACAGAAGGCAAACAUGCUCAUAGGAUCUUGGAGUUUUGAGUGUGUGCCGAUUCCGUAUUUUUCAUUUCCUUUUUUUCUAUUUUUUUUAUACAAAUUUCUCUCUAAACCUUUAUAUAACACUUCACUUACUAAUGUUGACAUGAAUCUGAUUAUACCAUCAUUAAUGAUGGCCAUAGUUCGAAUCACUUUUUGCGGACACCCUAGCUCUUCUGAUGGGCUCGGCUCAAGGUGUAGGAAUUCUCGCCAUUCGUGA